AUGGAUCAUAAUCUGGACGAAUCUUUGAACUUGGACAGUGCCAUGGGAAGUAUGGAUUUUGAUCAUUCUGGUGUAGUAGUAACUCAGGAGGACAUAGCUUUGGAAACAACUGGCCAUGAAGGUGACAUACCUAUGGAAUUUGAGAACAUAGAGGAACAGCCAAUGCUUAUGGACACAGGAAAUGAAGAAAUUAUUGUUUCAGAUUUUAUGGGUGAAGAAUUUACAUUGCAAGAGUAUGCAACACAAGAUACAACAGGAGUUUGUGAAACAGUUGAUGUCAAUCAUCUCAACAUCCUAUCUCAGUCAGAAUCAAUGAUAGACCUCAAGUUUGACCCAGAGAUGAUGACACAAAGUGUGGCUCCUGAGAUUCUUCCUCAAACAAAAUAUAUUCAAGUCAAGGCUGCAGUGGCUCCACCUCGUACUAUAAAGAAGGAAAUGUCUACAGCAAGCACUUUACCACGCCAAGUAGCGAUUGCACCGAAACCGCCUAAACUUACUCCUGCAGUCUCUAAACCUUCUUUUACAUCUGGAAAACAAUUUGCUAUUGCACCCAAACCUGUCACAUUAGUCGCUAAUAAAAAUGCGAGUUUAGUUAAAAAGAUGGCUCUCACUGGCGUCAUUCAAGGCGGUGCUAAAACUGGAAAUGCUGUUCUGACACAAAUUGGCAAGCAACUAGUUAUGGUGCCAGCAGGAAGUGGUCAGAAAAUAAAAUUAGUUACAUCUGGUUCAGGAAUGUCAAUGCAAUAUGUACGACCGAAUGCUGAUCAGAGUCAAUUGAUUACAACAAAACAAAUUAGCGGCUCUAGUGUGCCAAAACCAUUAGUUGGAAAGAUUAUUGUACAAGCAGGUCAGCCCAAUGUAUCCAAUAUUGACCCAUCAAACCAACCAGCCGUGAUCACGAAGCUAAUGCCAAGUGUGAGCACAGCCCCACAUACUAGAUAUGUGAUGCAACAGAAGACUGUACCCAUUAGCAUUGGGGGGACUAAGGUUUUCUUGACGUCGCCGACAAAACAGGGGAUGAAAUUCAAAAAGCAAAUAAUAUCAAUACAGUCACCUACGCCAAAAUUGUUACCAGCAACUACGCAAAGUGCUACUACUACCAAGAAAGUAGUUAUAACGGCGAAUCCCACUCAGAAUGUUAUACUAAAAACCACUGCUCCUCCUAACACAGCUCAGGUGUCAAAAGAAGGACAGAUAACUCAAUUACAUCAAAUCAGUGUUCCUGGCAAAGGCAUCCAAUACAUCCGACUGAUAACGAACCCAACACCUGCACCGCAGAAACCACAAGCGGCGGUCAGUCUCCCUUCAAAAAGUUUCGUCCUUACGGAUACUAAAGGUAAUUUAAUUUAUAUGUCAGGACAAAACUUAGUUAGUGACGAACCGCCUCCAUUAAUAACAACCGGAAGUGCGACAACUCCCAAAAUGACAUCAAAGCCACAGAAGAAGUUGGUGCGAAUAGCGCCCGUUGCUGCGAAACCCGCGCCUUCUGUGACGCAACAUCCGUCGCGAUCAUCGCAGAGUUUGCUUGCACCACUGUCGCCUAUCGAAACUAUUGAACAAAUCGAGCAGACAGGCGACCUGCUCGAGGAGCGCGUAGAAAUAGAAGUCAGUGGUAUCGAAGGACAAGAAGAUUCGCAGAGUGAGUCUAAGGCCGCCCUUCGAGCUCUGUUGGGUGACGUGGGGGGCGCCACUGACUACCAGCAAGAGCACCACGACGAACUGCGAGCUCAAGGGCACUUAGAGCCUGCUAUGCAUGAAGUUGAAGUGGAGUUUGAGAGACAACAGACACCAGUGGAGGAAGAUCCAAACAGCAUGGACGCGCUCGAUUCUAGCCACAGAUCGGAUGAGCAUCCACUUAUUGUCAUACCAUCCAGUUACGGAAAACAGGCCCAAAUUAGGGUCAGCAGUGAUAACUCGCGACGAAUAAAUGAUUCUAAAGACUACCCCAAUAUGCAGGUCAACAUAGAAGGAGAAUCACUACCAGCACCUUAUCUAUCGCCAAAGCAAUCGCAAGCAGCUCUAUCUGAAAGUGAUUUGGUGUCAGGUGAUUUGGGGCUUCGACCGCGCAAGGCGUGUAACUGCACCAAGUCUCAAUGUCUCAAGUUGUACUGCGACUGCUUCGCCAACGGGGAGUUCUGCAACCGGUGCAACUGCAAUAACUGCCACAACAAUCUGGAAAACGAAGAGUUGAGGCAGAAGGCUAUCAGAGCGUGUUUGGAUAGGAAUCCAAAUGCAUUCAGGCCAAAGAUUGGUAAAGCGAAAAGUGGGGGUCCAGAUAUAGUCAGAAGGCACAAUAAAGGAUGCAAUUGUAAAAGGAGUGGAUGUCUCAAAAACUAUUGUGAAUGUUAUGAGGCGAAGAUAGCUUGCACUACGAUGUGUAAGUGUGUGGGGUGCCGCAACGUUGAAGAAACACUGGAACGACGACGAGACGCCAUGCGCCUGCGGGACAAGCUGGCUGACCCCAUGUUCCGGCCCCCUACCGUCGGACAAGUCAAGCAACCGUGCAGCUUUAUGACAUCAGAGGUCAUAGAAGCUGUUUGUCAGUGUCUAAUUGCUGCUGCUGUCAGUGGAGAAGUCGAGGGAGAGGGAGAAGGCGACGGGGAUGAGGAAAGCGGCCCAAGACCUGACGCUGAUCCUAUCGGAGACGUUAUAGAGGAAUUCGCGCGCUGUCUGCAGGAUAUCAUCAGCGCUUCGCACCAGUCUACGUCUGUUAAAGACGAGGGUCAAUCCUGA